AUGGCUACUCUCCCAAAGGGCAGAAUGGUUAGCUUUCAGAUCUCGAGCAACGAUAGGCAGACCCCCACUGUCGUUGCCAUGGCUUCUAAUGGCACCCCGCUUCCCACUCCUCUCAUGAGUUACUAUUUCAAGAUUCCUCGCAACUCCCCCUGUGUUAUCUCGGUCAACAAAACAGGAAAGGCCCCGCGUUUCUACAGCGACCCUCUGUCUAUCCCCAAGCGCGAUAUCGAGUCUUGGAAUCAAGCCAAAAUUGAGAAGGAGGCAUGCACGAUCCGGGCUCAGCACCCUGCUCUGGCAGACAGCGUCAUUCGUCCAACCUCUUGGGAGGAUCUGUACAGGUACUAUGACGCUCAUGACCUUUGGCUUCAAGGUGCUUGGAACCUCUGGUGUGUCGUUGAUGAACUCGGAUACCAGAACGAGAAAAUAGAGUGCUACCGCCAACAGAUGCGGGCGAUGCAGAACCUGGGUCAUCGUUUUCCCCUGCAACCCUACGAGCUCUCCAUGAUUAGCGAUUUUGUUGAAGGUUGGAUCUCAUACGCUGAGAACCGGCUCAUGCUCAUCGAGUGGGAUGGUUCAUACGACAUUCUGCAACUAUUCUCACCGACGGACUGGAAAGAAGGCGGGAUCGAAGGCUUAAACCAAACCCAGGCAGCCUUUCUGAGUGACGAGCUCACUUACUGGCAUGAACACUGGCGUGAGCAAUAUGAGAACCCCGCCGCAUUCUUUCCUCCCGAUCAAUGGCAUCACCUUGGCGGGAAGUACGCGAAGGAGGAUUCUCUUACAGAGCCCCGAAAACGAUUUGUCACACCUUACGACAAGCCACUUGCUGCAUCCAGUGACACUUUGCAGCAUCCCCUCCCAACGGUACUGUCUACGACUCAGCCCAGCAUCAAGCAGGAGGAUUACAUGCCUGUUCACAACAAGACGACUGGUGCUUACUCUCAGCCAGUAGCGUUCUCUAAGCCUGUUCUGAGCUUCAAGCCUGCGCCAGCUUCCCCCUCUGUGCCCGCUCCUCCCUCUGUGCCAGCCUACCACUCUUUGCCAAAGGGCUACCCGAUUGUUGUCAAUGGCACCAUGCCGGCGCCUCACAGCAUUGUUGUUGAGAACCACGCUACAUCAGAGGAAGCAAAGCCCGACAAUGCUACCAAGCCAGCUGGGGACGGGGAUGCCAUCACAGUUGGCACCGAGGCCUCGGGCCCAUCACGUAUUCCUGAGCGUUCCCUAGAGGAAACUGGCGACAGACAAGAACAGCAAUCAGCGACUGCAGACCCCAAUAUACCUCAGAGGGCCUACUCUUCCAGGAACAAGGGCAGGAAGAACUUUCCCAAUCCUAUCUCAACAAGGCCAAUCUCAGAUUCGACCUAUGCGAAGUGCUACAACCGGGAUAAGUCUCCUGGUAUUUAUUCAGGGAAAAUGUCGGCGGGUCAUUUUGUAGCUUGCCCUUGCGGCCGCUGCAGCACACUGUCACGCACUGCUCUGGUCAAACAGAUUGAUUACUUUCCAGGAAUGACUCAAUGCGAGAAGGUUUCUCGCUUUCAGGAAUACUUUUCCCGUUAUGGCGUGAUUCAGCAGUGCGACAUCAAAACUACUGCCAAAACAGGUAGUUGUUACGCUCUCAUCCGGUAUUCCCUUGAGAGCAGCGCUGUUGCGGCUGUGGCCUCUGCAGAUGGGUUGCCUCUCUCCCCACUGAGCUCAAGUAUGCGUCUCGAGCAUCCCUGGUACUCAAAAUACUGGGCUCCGAGGCCAUAUACCAGAACUCCCCCAAAGGCUACACGUGAGACUCCACGCGUAACUCCUCCGUCCAGGCGACGGUUUCCCCCCGAUCAGGGCUUCUUGAACAGAGGCACCGCACAACAGCAGCAUGGUGGCACAUCAUCACUCGGCUCUGCUUCUGGGAGAAAGAAGGUGGGACAACCAAGUAUUUCCCCAGAAUACAUGCGUGGACCUCCUCCGGGAUUUCCUCCUAUCUCCCAGCCUCAAGCUGGUCUGCAACCAUCGCCUCCUCGCAUGCAGCCGCAUCCCGUUGGAGCUACCGAGUAUAACCUGGACUAUCACGGUCCUGCCCACCGGCAGCCCUGUGUUCCUUUUCACCACCAGAUGACCGAAAUCCCUGAGAAGCCUCAGAAUUACGGCAACCUCCCCCCAGCUCAUCACUUCAACCAAAGCUUUCAGCAACACGGUCCACCGCAGUGGCACCAUGGACCACCUCAUUGGCAACAUGCCCACCCUCUUCCACCUCCUCCGCCCCCGCAUCUGCCGCCGUAUUUUGGCCCUGCUAACUUCGUCGGUCCAAUACCACAACCGCCGUAUCAAGCACCACCUGUGUUCUACAAUCAGGGAGGUCCUCACGGAAAUGCACAAUGUCCGGUGGAUCCCCAGAUGCGGAGCCCUCAGGCACGAACUAGACAGUCUCCCGAGCAAGACAUGGUCGGGUCACAACCAUUGUCACACUCAAGCUCAUCGAGCAACACGCACACCACCCAUGCUAUAUCACAAGUUUGGGUUGUAGUUGACAAGGCUGCUGCAGCGGAGCACACCAACAAGGGGAGGCCCGUGAAAGCUGGCACUUCUCCGGAUGAGCCAUCCACCCCUAUUGAUACUGUUUCAACACAGGAAGAUGGGCGCGUUGCUGGCACACUGGAAAAGGCUGUCCAAGAAGGGGAGAGCUCGGACCAGGGAGGCACGGUGGUACGGCAUGCGCAGUUCUCCAUCCAUGAUGUGCGCUUCAUCCAGGAUAUGUCCGGCACGGUGAGGAUCCGCCCAAAUAGGCGGAAUCAACACCAGGCCCUUCCCGCAGAGUGGUUGGUUGUGGAUAGUCGAAGUGCAACUCCGGCUGAGCAGCGGCAACCUUCAGGAUUCAAGAAGGGUAAAAAUAAGACGAAGCCCGGUGCCCGCCCAAGUUCGCGACCAUCGACACCUGUCGACUUUUCCUCGAGCCAGGCUGAGAGCUCCAAGGCUCAAGCUUCGACUUCGACUGAGCGACCCAAAUCAGUCACGGGAAAUGCUGCACUUAAGGUCCCAGAGCCCAAAGGAUACCGCGCAGAUGCAGGUGGAUCGCUCAAGCUGUCAUGGAACCCCAAGGGCCCAGCUAUCCGUGUCAACCACCUAGCCGACCAGAUGUUACCUCCACCUCUGAGAACUGGAUCACCUCAAGAGGGACCCUCAACGGGCCCUGUCCUCAAGGGCAACAACUCGAAACAGGCUCGAUUUCAGCGGUUCGACUCCCUAAGCAGCAUCCCUGACUGCCCGGUCCUCCCACGGGCGUGCGACUUAUUCACCAACUACCCCGAUCUAUCAACUUCUCCGCCCAAGAUUGUGAUGACACCGGCCGAGACAACCCCAAACAAGGAGAUGGCUUCCCAUCCGACUAUCAACGGGUUGCUCAAUGGUACAAACCGCGGGAUCUCAGACUCAUCCCUUGCCCAAAGUUUCUACACCGCAAAGAGCACGUUCUCUUCUAGAGAGAACAGUCCUCCCGAAGCAGCCAAGGACGAGCUGUUUGUCUCGCCCCCAGAGACCCCAACAAAGACCAGCCAACCAUCCUCGCGCACAUUGCCUGCCCACCCAAUUCCGAAGCUCACAGCAGCUGCUCCCGUCCUGGAGGUACCUGUGGAAACCCCAAAGCUGGAUAAGGGCAAGAGCACAGCACCCCUCCAGCCCGAGACCUCUGUAUCCAACUUGAAGACCUCAGAGCCCACCGACUCCAAACCAGAGGCCCCCAAGCCAAAGUCUAGCAGCAAGAACAAGCACAAAAAGAAGAACAAGACCAGAGCCGACACUGAAGCCGGACCUUCUUCUUCUCAGCCACAAGAGCAGCAGCAGCAGUUGCCGACCCCAGUUGGUUCAAAGCCCAACUCCCGCCCCGCCAUCCCCGCCGGCGACGCCAACGUCAGAAACCAAAAGAAGAGACAGGCGCACGCGAAGAGCAAAGCAGAGAGGAAGCGCUCUGCUGCUGCUGCUUCUCCUAAUAAAUGGGGGCCUUCUUCUUCUGGGGCUGAUGCUUGAUAGACUCGUGAUAUGUGGGGGGGAUGCCAUGGACUCGACAAUAUAUCAGACAUAUUGCAAUGGUGGUGUAAACAUCCGACAAAAGAAAACGGUUUACAGUCAAACUUCCCUUUCGUCGCUUUUUCUUUUCGUCUCACUUUCGGUUUUUCUUUUUCUUCUCGGUCUUCUAGCCAUUAGCAAUCUUGCCUUUUUUUCUCACACAAAAGAAAGCCCGACGCGGCGCUAGGUUUUUCUUUUUAACUCUGGGAGGAGGAAUUUGGCUACCGCCUCAUCGCUGGCUAAUCGGACUUGGGGGCAGCAGGAUAGCAUGGCUGGCGUUUUUGGUUUGGUCUUGGGGGUUGGUGCUGGGUCUGGUAAUUGGAGCUUGGUGCCGGGUAUGGUAUGGGAUUUUCUUUUUUCGCAGGACUUCAAGGCGUAAAAGAACAAGGGAAGAGACAGCAAAAAAACAAAGAUGGAGAUACCCCAGAAGUUCUUACUUUGCGGAUGGGAUUUGGCGGAUGGGGAAUAGAUAAGGUAUCAUGGGAUUUUGCACAG